AACCGGAGUGAGAGGUCAGCCCACUCGCUCUUUGCAGCAAGUCAGGACUACACACACACACACACACACACACACACAGUCACAUAAGCACACACGCAAAGUGACUGAGCUCCUCGCUACUUGGCCCAGAAGGCUGUGGACGAAGCAGAACCAGAACCAUUAGCUUUCCCAUACCUCCAUUAUCUUUUCAGCCGCCAGAAAGUUUCAUGUUGUUCUUCGUCUCGUGGCAGCCGUAAUGUGAGAUGCUGAAGAGCAUCAAGACAAAGUGCACGGUCGUCCACAUUCAUCAUGAGUCAGCGCUCUUAAAACUUUUCAAGAAGCUCGGUGAGAGGAAGCGAUGUUUGCAGGACGCCAGUGUCCAGUGAGACAAAACAAAUGGCCGUAAAGGACAAGCUGGACGCAUCUUUUUGAUGUGGCCUGCCUCCAUAUAGACGGCCAUGUCAUCUGAAAACAACUCGCCGCCGCCUCUCCCUGCCCUGCCUCAGCACGUGGCCCCGCCCACUCCGUCGCCCAGCCCGCCCACCAUCCUCUUCAAUGAGCUGUCCAAUGGCAGCCUCACAGCGCCGAGUCCCACCAACUCACGAGCAUCCAUCCAUGGCGUCUCUUUCCUCCUCCAGAUUGGACUCACCAGGGAGUCUGUGACCCUCGACCCCACCGACCUCACGCUGUCUGCCGUCACGGAGCUCGUCUGCUCCAUCGUGGACCAGAAGUUCCCAGAAUGUGGAUUCUUUGGGAUGCAGGACAAGAUCCUGCUCUUCCGCCAUGACCUAAACUCAGACAACAUCCUGCAACGCGUCACCUCAGCCCAGGAGAUCCAGGAGGGAGACCUAGUGGAGGUGGUUCUGUCAGCUGUGGUGACGGCCGAGGACUUCCAGAUCCGCCCCCACACGCUCUACGUGCACUCCUACAAAGCCCCCGCCUUCUGCGACGACUGUGGCGAGAUGCUGUGGGGGCUCGUCCGCCAGGGCCUCAAAUGUGAAGGUUGUGGUCUGAACUACCACAAGCGUUGUGCGUUUAAGAUCCCAAACAACUGCAGCGGCGUGAAGAAGAGACGAGCCUCAAACGUCUCGCUGCCCGGCGCGGCUGUCGCCAUCGCCCGCCCGCCUUCCGUGGAGUACCCCUCCACACCGCAGGAUGAGCGCCCCCUCCUGGGCGCCGGAAAGCGUAACUCUCUGCUGAGCGGCCGUCCCAUCUGGAUGGAGAAGAUGGUCCUGAGCCGGGUCAAGGUGCCGCACACCUUCUCCGUCCACACGUACACGCGGCCCACCAUCUGCCAGUUCUGCAAGCGCCUCCUCAAGGGUCUCUUCCGCCAGGGCCUGCAGUGCAAAGAUUGCAAGUUCAACUGCCACAAGAGAUGUGCGGCCAAAGUUCCCCGCGACUGCCUCGGCGAGGUGGACUUUAACGGAGAGGUGUCCACUCUGGACUCGGAGGUCACGAUGGAGGUGGACAACUGCGACCUUGGCAGCGACGGAGGUCACAGCCUUGACGAGGUGGACCAAGUGUCCACACCUGAGGACAAAGUCUUCUUCCCCGAGGGACCCUGCACAGAUGCCGACCGCGACGACGAGACACCACAAGCCAUCAGUCCAUCGACCAGCAGCAACAUCCCUCUGAUGCGAGUGGUUCAGUCCAUCAAACACACCAAGAGGAGGAGCUCCACUGUGGUCAAAGAAGGUUGGAUGGUCCACUACAGUAGCCAUGACAACAUGAGGAAGAGACAUUUUUGGCGUUUGGACUUCAAGAGCCUAACACUGUUCCAGAACCACAAUGGAGCAAAGUUCUACAAGGAGAUCCCACUGUCAGAGAUCCUGCGUGUGGAAGCGGCCCAAGACGUCGGGGGGCUGUCUGCGGGCAGCAUCCCCCCUUGCUUCCAGGUACUCACGGCCAGCGUGGUCUACUACGUGGGCGAGGACGAUGGCGGCCCUUUCCAGGAGGCGGGCCAGAGCUGGGAGAAGGCCCUUCAACAGGCCAUGAUGCCCGUCACGCCAAAGCCCAGCAGCCAGGGGCGGGACCACAAGGAGCUGUCCGUCAGCAUAUCGCUUUGUAACUCUCACAUCCAGGAGAACGUGGAUAUCAGCUCUGUCUAUCAGAUCUUUGCGGACGACGUGCUCGGUUCCGGCCAGUUUGGAAUCGUCUAUGGAGGAAAACACAGAAAGACAGGACGAGACGUGGCCAUCAAGAUCAUCGACAAGAUGAGAUUUCCCACCAAGCAGGAGAGCCAGCUGCGCAACGAGGUGGCCAUCUUGCAGAACCUCCACCACCCCGGCAUCGUCAACUUGGAUUGCAUGUUCGAGACCCCCGAGCAGGUGUUUGUGGUCAUGGAGAAGCUUCACGGCGACAUGUUGGAGAUGAUUCUGUCCAGCGAGAAGAGCCGCCUGCCAGAACGUCUCACCAAGUUCUUGGUCACACAGAUCCUGGUGGCCCUCAGACAUCUUCAUUUCAAGAACAUUGUCCACUGCGACCUCAAGCCAGAGAACGUUCUCCUGGCGUCGGCAGAGCCCUUCCCUCAGGUGAAGCUGUGUGACUUUGGCUUUGCUCGCAUCAUCGGGGAAAAGUCCUUCCGGCGCUCCGUGGUGGGAACCCCGGCCUAUUUGGCGCCGGAGGUUCUCCGCAGCAAAGGCUACAACCGCUCUCUGGACAUGUGGUCUGUGGGCGUCAUCGUCUACGUCAGUCUGAGUGGAACCUUCCCCUUUAACGAGGACGAAGACAUCAAUGACCAGAUCCAGAACGCCGCCUUCAUGUACCCACCCAACCCCUGGAAGGAGAUCUCGGAGGAAGCGACCAACCUGAUCAACAACCUGCUGCAGGUGAAGAUGAGGAAGCGCUUCAGCGUGGACAAGUCGCUGAGUCACCCAUGGCUGCAGGACUACCACACUUGGCUGGACCUGCGGGAGUUUGAGACGCGGCGCGGCGAGCGCUACAUCACACACGAGAGCGAUGACGCCCGCUGGGAGGAAUACGCUGACGAGAGAGAUCUCUGCUACCCCAAACACUUCAUCACCUCACACAACCUGGACCACAUGGACGAGGACCCCUAGUGGUGGUCCUGUACCAUCACCAUGGAGACAGCAGUGAUGACAAACAUUUUUAAUUUUAUUUUUUUUAUUCAUUCUUACACCUCAAAAAGCCUCUACAGCUAUUUAGAGGAACUUUCUUCUUCUUGUUUGUCAGCGUCCUGCUAACAAACAUCUUCAACGUGAACGUUUAGUCGUCUUCUUGAAGUUUUAUUUAUCUGUGGUCUUCAGCUGCUCCUCCCCCACCUGCUUCAUGACAUCACUACAUGACCUUUGACUUUCAGCGUGUAGAACUUUGUCAUGUUGGACUCAGUGAACUUUUGUUAUAAAAGUUUCUGAUGUCAUCAUGGAGGUUCUGUUCCUAUUUCCACAGCAGGUUCUGUGUAGCAGAUUAGGAGAAACCAAUCUCUGUGAAUCCAGCGACAGGAAGCUGUGCCGGGCUUUUCUUCUCCAGUUUGAGCCCGGUGGCCAUCUUGGGCUUGGCGAGGCGGCUGAGGUGCACCAGGCCGAAGAAGAGGAAGCGCUCUCCCAUCUUGGUGGGAUGGGUCAGCACGUCGUAGCUGCUGAUCAGCUGGCGCUUGGUGGACGGGUCGCUGCAGUUCCUCAGAAGAACCUGCGCAGAACCACACCUUCAGCCGUGUUCCGUCGGAGACGGGCCUCGGCGGGUGGGAAGUGGACUCGCCUGCAUGCGCGUGUCAAUGCCCAUGUUCUUCAGGAAAGUCCUCUGACUGACAGGUCCCAAGCAGGCCACGCCUCCUCCCGCCAUGCGGCGCAAGUAGCUGAAGUCCACGUCGGCGGUCAGGUCGGCCGAGCCCGGAGACACCAGGACCUGAUGGAGCUGGUGACCUUUGAACCCCUAAUGGGAAGAUAACAAACACAUCACAGCCAAUCAUAUCGCAACAUGCCAGCAACAUCAGCUUCCUACCCGGAAUGUGUCGGUCUUGCUUCCAUCGUGGCCAUAGUCACCGAUCAGCGCCGCCCCGCCCUCCUCUGCCACGCGGCGGGCCAGCUGCUGGAUGAUGACUCCGCCCUCUGUACACACCUCCACGUGAUCCCGCGUUUCAUCUGCCUGACACACACACAUAAACACGUGUCAAUAAGAUGAAAUGGAGAAGGACAUUUGUGUGGAAAGAGCUUAAGAUGAACUGUAUGGGAAAAUUGGGAAUUUCUGAGAUGUGGGAACUAGUUAUCUAGAAAGUUUUUAUGCUGGAAUGGGUUGAAGAAAGUGGAAGUAAAUAUACAAUCCCUGGAAAACUGGGAUUUUUUGGAAUGUGGGUAAUAGAUGGCCUGAAUGCUUAGAUGUUAGAAUGCGUUGAGAAUUUGGAACUUGUAAAAGUUCUCCAUUUCCAAUGGAAAUAUGUCAAGGAAUUACGGAAAAUGUGGAAAUGUUUGGAAUGUGUUAAUAGACUGAUUAGGAAUAUUAAUAAGGAGAAUAAUUCUGGUGCAGAAUAAGAAAUAAAUCAGAACCAGACAGUGGGAGUGGUCACAUGACUGUAAGGGCACUGACCUGCACCAGUGUUGUGGACGCCAGAGUGGGUGACGGUGCCACCACAAACCUCAGUUGGCCCGGUUUGUCCGGGUCGAUGUCCACCAUCACCUCCCUCCAGCCUCUCGCCGUGCGCUGCCGCCAACGAAGAAGACACAUUAGACACGUGUGGCGCCACCUGGUGGAAGCACCAGCCAUGACGCCUCUUUUGCUACCUGAAACUUGUAGAUGGGCAAAGCAUCAAAGAACUCGUGAGCCAGAAAGAUGCUGAAGCCUGGAUGGAGGAUGACAAGUUAACCUCAAGGCAUUUGUCCCAUGGGGUCACACUUUGGCCUACCACGAGGGACAUCCUCUAAGCGGCGGUACCAGAACACCUGCAGGCCACCGGCGGUUUGGCCGUGACGGUAAACGGGCUCAUCCUCGCUAUCUGCCUCCUGGCUGCUGGUCCCAGUCAGACUUUGUGCCUGGAGGCGACUCAGAGCCGGACUCACCUCCACCAGGUGGAGCGACACCGAAGCCCCGCCCAGCACUGACUGGAGCUGACCCAAAACCUGCACAAGAACCACAGCGGCGUGAUGAAAGCUCACCAGUGACCCAACAAACGGAUGUCAGAGCAGUCCAGACGUACUCGAAGAACAUCACUGGCCAAAGAUCCUUUCCCGGGUCCCAGCUCGACUAUCUGGAGCUGUUUGGGCCGACCCGCCCCCAUCCACUCGCUGAUGACCCACACGGCAAGCAGCUGCAUGAAAGACAACACGAUUGGAUGGAUGAAGAGGUCAUGUGACACAUAUUCUUACCUCUCCAAAGAUCUGACUGAUCUCAGGUGAGGUGAUGAAGUCUCCAUCGGCUCCCAGCAUGUUGUUCCGCACGUAGUAACCCUGAGACGACGACAACAACAACCGUGAGAGGCCUGCUGGCUCUUUGGGGAC